AUGCGCCUAACGCCCUUUACCUCUGCCGUUAUUUUCUCAAUGGUUUUGAAUGUCGCAGGACUCAUUGUGAAUCUGUUUAUUGUGGUGGUCAACUACAAGACGUGGGUGGAAAGCCGCAGAAGCUCCUCUUCUGAUAAGAUCCUGUUCAGCGUGGGCAUCACCAGGUUUCUGAUGCUGGGGCUGUUCGUCCUGUACAUUAACUACUUCCUCAUUUCUUCAGAUGCUGAAAGGUCAGUCCGCAUAUCCAAUCUGUACCUGUUCUCUUGGCUGUUUUUGGACUCGAGCGGUCUCUGGUUUGUAACCUUGCUCAACGUCUUGUACUGCGUGAAAAUCACGAACUUCCGACACUCAGUUUUUCUUCUGCUGAAACGAAAUCUCUCCCCAAAGACCCCCAGGCUGCUGCUGGCCUGCGUGCUGAGUUCCGCCUUUACCACGCUCCUGUACGCUGUGGUCAGUCAGACAUUCCUUCCCAAAUUGGCGGCUGGGCGAAAUGGCACAGUGUUCGACAUCACUGAGGGCAUCUUGUCUUUGGUGAUCUCUCUGGGCUUGAGCUCGUUUCUCCAGUUCACCAUCAAUGUGACUUCCGCCUCCUUGUUAAUAUAUUCCUUGAGGAGACACAUACAGACGAUGCGGAGAAACGCCAGUGGUUUCUGGAAUCCCCAGACCGAGGCUCACGUGGGCGCCAUGAAGCUGAUGGUCUGUUUCCUCCUCCUCUACGUUCCGUAUGCAGCCGCUGCCCUCUUCCUCUACCUCCCUUCUGACGUAGAGGUGGGUUUGGAAUUCAGAUCCGCGUGUCUGAUCAUCUCUACCUUUUACUCUCCGGGACAUUCUGUUCUCAUUAUUCUCACCCACCCGAAGCUGAAAACUAAAGCAAAGAAGAUUCUCUGUUUCAACAAAUAG